AUGCAGCGUGAACCUCCGAAGAAGAAGCAAGAGAAGAAGUCGGAAAAGCGGCUCUUUGACCCCGCAUCCUUCGGGAAAGACCUGCUGGCAGGCGGGGUCGCAGCGGCUGUGUCCAAGACCGCGGUGGCCCCCAUCGAGCGGGUGAAGCUGCUGCUGCAGGUGCAGGCGUCUUCCAAGCAGAUCAGUGCCGAGGCGCAGUACAAAGGCAUGGUGGACUGCCUGGUGCGGAUUCCCCGAGAGCAAGGUUUCUUCAGUUUUUGGCGUGGCAAUUUGGCCAAUGUUAUCCGAUAUUUUCCAACACAAGCUCUUAAUUUUGCGUUUAAGGACAAAUACAAACAACUUUUCAUGUCUGGAGUUAAUAAAGAAAAGCAGUUCUGGAGGUGGUUUUUGGCAAACCUGGCUUCUGGUGGAGCUGCUGGAGCUACAUCCUUAUGUGUAGUUUAUCCGCUAGACUUUGCCCGAACCCGAUUAGGUGCUGAUAUUGGAAAAGGUCCUGAAGAGCGACAAUUCAAGGGUUUAGGUGACUGUAUUAUAAAAAUAGCAAAAUCAGACGGAAUUGUUGGUUUGUACCAAGGGUUUGGUGUUUCAGUUCAGGGUAUCAUUGUGUACCGAGCCUCCUAUUUUGGAGCAUAUGACACAGUUAAGGGCUUAUUACCAAAACCAAAGGAAACCCCAUUUCUUGUCUCCUUUUUCAUUGCUCAAGUUGUGACCACAUGCUCUGGAAUUCUUUCUUAUCCCUUUGACACAGUUAGAAGACGCAUGAUGAUGCAGAGUGGUGAGGUGGAACGGCAAUAUAAAGGAACUUUAGACUGCUUUGUGAAAAUAUACCAACAUGAGGGAAUCAGUGCAUUUUUUCGUGGUGCCUUCUCCAAUAUCCUUCGUGGUACAGGGGGUGCUUUGGUGUUGGUACUAUAUGAUAAAAUUAAAGAAUUCCUUAAUAUUGAUAUUGGAGGUAGUUCAUCAGGAGAUUAA